CCGCCCCCGUACAGUCGAGCCGUCCAGAUCGCUGCCGUCCCAGACUCUCCGCCCCCAAAUCUCGCCCGGAAAAAGAGAGAUUUUGCGGCGAUGGCGGCGGCCGGCGGCACCUCCUCCGACGAUGUCCCCGUCAUCCAGGCGGAGAACCUCACCAGCAACGUCAGGUCCAUCCUCUACAGUCGGACAUUCUUGUCGAUCAUCAGUGGAGUUGUUGCUGGCAUCUGGGGGUUCACGGGUCUGACGGGUUUCGUCUUCUACUUUCUGAUAAUGAUGGUAGCAUCUCUUGGGCUCUUGGCAAAGUCAAAGUUCUCAGUCCACACAUACUUCGAUAGUUGGAGCAGGAUUUUAGUUGAAGGAGUUUUGGCCGGCCUUAUGUCCUUCGUGCUGUUCUGGACAUUCGCGUACGAUAUCGUCCACAUCUUCUGAGUUCUGAUGGAAGGAGAGUCUGAUGAGCACAUCAACAUGCCGCACCUUCUGAUGGGAGGAGCUAAUGUGAGAUGAACCAAGCAUAUGCAAGAUUUCCCCUAACAUGAUGGAACAAAGGAGUCUCCUCUUUAUUAUCCAUUUUUGUUGUUAGUUACUUUUACUGUCUAGUUUGGUGAACUGCAACCUUGUAUAUGCCUAUUUGAUGGCUGGUGUAUCAGAUAUCACGGUGUAAGCACCACACACUUGAAUUCAUUUACGGAUGUCGUAGUUCCCGUGAUGAUCGGAAACAGUUAUACUGCUCUAUUUAUUUCCCGUCUUCAUGGCUUAAUGCUGUCGAAUGGCUCGAAGUGAAAGCACUAUUCAGGCAUGAUUGACUUCUAAA